AUGAGAACAAUGUCCGAUGAGGCUGAACAGAGAAUGUGCGACGAGGACUUCGGUUCGGACGAGGAGGGCGAGGAGGCGGACGUGGAGUCUUACCUGGAGGACAACAGCAGCGAGCUCAUGGACCGGCUGAGAGAGCUGGAGGCAGAGAACUCUGCACUCAUGCUGGCAAAUGAGAGUCAGAGAGAGGCUUACGAGAGAUGCCUGGAUGAGGUGGCCAACCACGUGGUCCAAGCUCUGCUAAACCAGAAGGAUCUGAGAGAGGAGUGCAUCAAGCUGAAGAUGUUGGUGUUCGACCUGGAGAGACAAAACCGAGCGCUGUGUGAGCUUUUUCAGCAGAAACUACCCAAUCACCCCACGGCUCACUACCAGGUCCAGGCGGGACCCCUCCCAGACUACAAUGCACAGCUGCACAAUGACUCUGCCAAGCAGGUGGAGCCGGCACAGACUGAAGCACAAGCCAAGGGAAAUGGCUACCGCACACAACAUGCCUCCCCGGGCCCUCGUGGCCCCGCCGCCUCCAUGGAGGCCCUGUCCCCCUUCUUCAAGAAGAAAGCACACAUCCUGGAGGUCCUGCGCAAGAUGGAGGAGACGGACCCUCUGAAGUUUCACCCGUCCACCACGAGCUUGUCUUUCUGCGACUACAGCCAGGUGCUCAUGUCCACAGAAGCUGUUUUGGCUACGACCGCGGACCCACUUCCACUGCAGUGCAAACCCCUCCACACGCACUGCCACUGCUCCUGCUCUGACGCUGACCCGCACCAGCACGUCAACGGCGACGGGGCGGUGAAGUGCGAGGGAGGGGCCACCACCUGCUGUUUACACUGCAAGAGGAGUCCCGACGGUCCUCCGAAGCCAUGCAACCAUGUCUGUAGUCCUUCAAAGGCCGCCGCCCAGAGUCACGUAGCUCCCGCAGCUGCUAUGAGCGAAUGUCACGGCAAGAGCAGAACGGCGGAGUCUGUUCCCCCGUCGAAACAGUGCACCAAGAAUGACGCCCACCAGCAACCGGCAGGCGCCCCCACCCACUCAUCAAUCACAGAGACGGACGAUCAGAGCCUUGAGGCGAUGGGAGUGGAGCAGGAGCAGGUCGACUCUGAGAGUUGUUUAAACGCUGCUGCCGAAGAGCUUGUCGGUUUCUGUCCCGCCUCCCAUCUGCCCGGUCCUGCGACGGAGGGCGCGCAGAUCUCCGAGGCGAGCGACGGCGUUCACAACGGUUUAGCGCUCUCCUCCGUCAGCACCGCCACGUCCAACGACCCCUCAGCCACCCCUGAGAAAGACAGCACAGAUCCGGAGGCGUCCUCAGUGAGAGCCGGCGCCUCCGUCAGCCCCAGCCCUUCUUGUCUCAGCGACGUCAAAGCUGCCGCCAUCAACUCCCCGUCCAAGCUGCUCAAGUUCCUAAAGAUUCCCUCGAUGGGGGAGAAGACCCAGGCUGCGCCCCCCGCCGUCCGUCUGAGCCCCCAACUCACCCGCAACUCCAGGAUCCCCUGUCGCACCAACAACUACGAGGUGUACCACUCUCCUGUCCCGACACGCAGAGCCACCACCACGGAGAGGUGCAGGCAGCCCCCGCCGCCCCCCGCCAGGUCCGAGUCGUACCCCGCCACACACUCAGCGCCCACCUCCCCUCCGCAGCCCGAAGACCCCUGCUCUCCGCCCGCUAAGGACAUAAGCUACAGCAGCCUUUCUGCACCCAAAGCUGCCUCAAAGAUGGGCGCUCCCUCCUCCACGUCGUCAUCAUCACCCAAAAUAUCCCAAAGGGUCCCACAUUACGAAAACGUCUGUGAUAUAUCGACCAACUCUAGAGAGGCCGAACCGAGUCAGGGUCUCGAGAAAAGAACCACGUUCCCGUCGCAAGCAAAGGCGAACGGCGGCGAGAGGAAACUGGUGAAAUCAUUACCGGAAAGCGUCCUCAACCCCGUCCCUCAGCGAAAGCAGUCGUCCUCAUCCACGUCGGAGUCCACAUCAGACGACGAAGAGGACUCGGACAGUCCGGUGUGGGUGAACCAUCACAGCCUGCCCAACUCCUCGGCCCUCAGCAAAGCUCAAACCCGACCCAACUACUCGCGGACCAGAGAGAAGCAGGAGGCGGACGUCAGGGAGGUGACGGUGCAGCAGAGCUCCAGUCCCGCCCAGCCGCCUCCGCCUCCGAUCAGACGAAACGACUCUUCAAUCCCCAAGAGGCCUGCGUCGGGGCCGGCGAGACCUCCGGCGGACUCCAGUCACCACGCCUUCAAAGACAGACUGGCCGCGCUGGGAAAGCUGCGGAGCUCGGAGGAUUUACAGGUCAGCGUCAACGAAAGCGGUGUCGCCCACAGCGAAGAGAGGAGUAAGACGGCGGAGAGGCCCAUCGAGCUCCAUAAAGAGGAGCAGAGACACUCAAAAUACACGGACUCUCUGGACGGAAAGCCUAAAAUUAGCAGUGGCGUGUUGAAGUACCCGGGGGCGUCUCCGCUGUACGAACAGGGGGUCAAACCUCAGCCGUCUGGUCUAGUUAAACAAGAACUGUGUGUGACAAAGACUGAAACCCCAAAAAGCAAAAUAGGUCUACCUUCACCCAACGCAGACGCUCCGCAGGUACUACGCAACAACAUUAAGUGUCCCGGCUCCUUGAAUCUGGCUUAUAAUGUUAAAUCCGGUGUGGGGCCUCACAGUAGCAACAGCCCCAAUAAAAUCCCCCCGAAGUCGCCGUCCAAACCCUGUCAGGGCCCGUCCGUCCACAGAGCGGGGAAGCCCACCGAGACCCCGCGUUACUCGUCCAAAUCCGAAGAGAGAACCAAAAUCAGCGGGAAAGGGAAGAAGAAUCCGAUGUACGGAGACAGCCUCCCUCCUCCUCCUCCGAGACCUCCGAUGUCCGACGGGGAGAAGCCGCUGCAGCCGGUCCCGAGUCCGCAAUCGGCCAUCGAGCAGAAGGUGAUGAAGGGCAUCGAGGAGAACGUGCUAAAGCUCCAGGAGCAGGACCGAGGAGUGCAGGUGGGCGAGGUGAAGCAGAGAGCCUCCAACGGCAUCGCCAGCUGGUUCGGACUGAAGAAGAGCAAGCUGCCGGCGCUGAGCCGCAAAGCCGACGGGACCAAAGCGAAAGACGAGAAGAAGGAGUGGAAGAUCAACAUCCCCUCGGUGGGCAGGGACUCUGUGAAAAUGGCCACCAGGUGUAAAGAAGGCGUGGAGGGUCUGAACAUCUCCACGCUGAUGGAGAAGGCGGAGGGGCUGAGGAGGGCCCUGGAGGAGGAGCGGGCGUACGUGGAGCGGUCGGGCAGGGGUCACUCGUGUGAGGUGGUGAUGGACCAAGCUCAGGGACAGCUGGCUGUCAUGUACAGAGGAGCGCGCUCCGACAACUUCAUGCAACAGCUGCUAAACAGAGUGGACGGUAAGGAUGUGAUCAGCGUGCCGCAGCGCCGGCUCUCGUUCGACUGCAAGACGUCGAAGCCGAUGUUCAGUCAGCAGGGCGACAUCAUCAGUCACACCGGCAGUCGUGACGAUAUGGAGAAGGGAUCGGAUCGAAUGGGCAAGAUCACAUCAGACGAGAACCUCGCAGACUCGGUUCACUCUCAACACUUUGCAGGCUCCGGUGCGUCCACCUACACUCUGGACAGCGGCAUUGGUACGUUCCCCCUGCCGGACUGCAGCAGCGGCGCGGCGGGUCGCGGUCUGUCCAAGGCGAGGGCCGAGCACCACCACCACCACCACUCCUCCUCCUCCUCGUCGGGCUCCCCGGGGAGAGCCGGCCGACGGGCUCGCACCCUGGACAGAGAGCUGAUGUCCCAGGAGGAGUGCUACGUGCCGCACAAACAGCUGAUUCCCACCAUUCAGUACGGCUCCGUGAUGGAGGGCCGAAGCACCGCCGGCGUCAUCCGUGAAGACAAAGAGGCCCACGGAGCGAACAUGUUCUCCCCUCGCUCAAAGACCUGGACCUUCCCCAACCUGAAGACCCCGGCGGGACCAGCGGAGGUUUACCUGGCGGUGGAGGAGGAAGAGGAGGAGGCGGUGUCCUUCGGCUCGCCGUUCAGAGGGGGCUUGAAGGCCAGUGGUCCCUCUUCCUCCAGCCGAGUGGUCGAUCCCGGCACCCUGCCCGUUCCCGCCCAUUCUGGGAUGAGCCGCCGGGGGAAGAUUCGCACUCCCAGCGUUCCCGAGAUGAGCCGUGAAGCUGGCAUGGAGCUGCUCAAGGAGCGACCGGAGGAGGCGCUGUCCCCGAGUCAGCCUCAGGUCCUUGAGACCCCUGAGUCCCUCAGCGAUUCCCUCUACGACAGCCUGUCGUCUUGCGGCAGUCAAGGAUGAAGAAGGGAGGACUAGCUGCAGGGAGGAAAGGAGGGGAGGGAUGAAAGGAGGAAGGGAGAGAAAGAACAGCUGAUUAGAGCCUCCUCCUCCUGGUGGCUGUACUGUGACGCUGCUGCUGAUCCCGAGGAGGGAGACAAAAAGAUACUGUGCCCUUUUUCUGAUGUCUGACUCUCUACAAUGAUGAUGAUGAUGCUGCCUCCUCCUCAUCAUCAUCAUCAUCAUCUUCAAUCAUCAUCAUCAUUUUGCGUCUCUGUUGCAACUGGAAGGACGGAUUUUAAAAGACUUCUCCUCAGGAUUCCCCAAAAUAAAACAUGAAGCCAAAAGCCACUCGCUCUGCUCGAUGGACGAUGUUAAGACGACGUUUCACUUUUUUUUUCCUUUUUCACAAUUGGACCGAAAACUUAUCGAUAUCGUGUAAAACUUUUAACGCAUGGCCGAAGCUAACGAGCUAAACCAUUAGCACAAAGAUCAUCACUCCUGGUUGUAAUUGUUUGCUCUUUUUUUUUUAGUUUUCCUCUCAUCCCGGGUUAAACGGAUAUUUUGAAGCAGCGAUCAGAUCUGCACUGUAUCAAAUGAAAAUAAAACAUCUUAUUCCGUUCAUUCGACAUCAUUUCAUCACUUUAAAAAAAAUGUAUCGAAGAAUUAAAAAAGGAAAAAAAAAUUACAGAGCUCCUUUUAAAAAGAAAAUAAAUGAAUGUUCAUGUCUGUGAUUCUUUAAUUCUGCUAUAAAAAAAAUUGAUCAUGUUAAUAUUGUUUUUUUUGGCGUUUUUAAAUCAUUAUACAUUUAAAGGUAAUAUAUACCAGCAAUAAUAACAUAGAUAAGAGAAAUGGCUCUACACUAUUCAAUGAAUAUGUAUUUCUAUUAUUUAUUUAUUUUAAAAAUGUACAUCAUUUUGCAGCCAUCUUUUCUUUUUCUCUUUUUUUUAAUGUAAUCUGUGAAUAAUUUUUGCAGCAGUCUCCUCGCUUCGUAGAUUAUGUUCAUAUCUCAACAUCUCUGUUGCUGUUCGUUCUUUAGCCGAUAGAGGUCCUAUGUACCUACUGCCGUUUUUCAACUUUCUAAUUAAAAUGUUUUU